CGAUUAGCUAACGCAAGCUAUAUAUUCCUGGAUUCGGUUUUACAUGAAGUGUUUUUUUAGCCACCUAGCUAAUAUGCUUAAAAAAACAUUAAAAAUGUGCGCUAGAUUUCAUUUGCCAUAGAAUUUUUAACUCACAGCAGUGAGAAAUCUAAACGCUUUGUGACAGAUGUCAAAAUUGAAAGCUGACAUUGAUGGUAGAUGGUAAAUAAAGCUAACAUUUGCGAGAUUUUUAGAAAUCUGAAAUAUCAUGUCCUUUCUUACUCGAGCUAGCUGUUUAGCUAAGAAUGCAAUAUUAUCAACAUUCGUACGUUCUAUAUCAACUACCAAUCAGUUACGGCUCAAACAAAUUCACGAAUACAAAGAAGGAUCUACAUUGAUAGUAGAAGCAACAUCUGUGCCUUCUCCGAAUACAGAGUUGUUAGUACGAGCGGAAAAAAUAAAAGAUUUAACUCCUGCGGAGAAACCUGAACAUACAUGCUAUAUGUGUGCAUUAGAUUUGGAUGUAAAGCACACAGAUGUACUUAUUUUGAGCCAGUUUGUUAGAUCCGAUGGCUGUAUGUUGCCGCGGCGUAUUACAGGGCUCUGUCGUCGCCAACAGAAAAAAAUUGGAAAAAUGGUGUCCAUGGCUCAGAAAGCAGGUCUGAUGAUCAAUUUGACUCCUUCAUACUGUAAAAAGGAUCCAAAGCAGAGAUAUGCAUACAAAAAGUUCAACACAUACUUUGAUGAAAAGACUAUAUUCAUGCGGAACAUACCUAAACCUGUUGAUAGAUUCAAGCGUUAAAUGACAAUAGAUCAAUUUAUGUGUAAAUUCUGUAAUGUUAAAUAAAUUAUGUUAGAUUAU